AUGGCAUCUUUGGGAAAUCUGGAGCCGUUUGACAUCGCUCAACCUGAAAGAUGGCUAUCGUACUAUGCACGCUUCGAACUCUAUUUGAUGGCCAAUGAUGUACAGGAGGGAGAGCGUCAAAAAGCAAUAUUCUUGACAUUGGCCGGACCGAGUCUCUUUGACCUCCUUACAUCAUUGGUAGCACCUAAACCGGUAGGUGAAUUGAAACUUAAGGAGAUCAAAAGUACGCUGACUAAUCAUUUUUCUCCUAAACCUUCCGAAAUCGCUGCGUUCUAUAAAUUUCACAAGCGCGACCAGCAACCCAAUGAAAACUUUGCUGAUUACGUUGCUGCUUUACGGAAGCUGGCGGUCGAUUGCAGUUUUGGUACCGCUCUGGAUCGUAUGCUGCGUGACCGGUUGGUUUGUGGGUUACGUGACGAGGCACUACAACGCAGUUUGCUCGCUGAGUCUGACUUACAGCUGCAAAAGGUGAUUGAUCGUGCUACCACAGCUGAAGCUGCCACGAAAAAUGCAUUGGAGAUACGCCAACCUGAUCAUGUCCAACAAAUCAUAAGACGAAACGGUAAAAACUACAACCAGCAAAGUAGUCACAAGCCAUCAACCUAUCGCAGUAGUGCAGCAAUGAAGCCAUGCCAGGGAUGUGGAGGAAAACAUGCACGUGUCAAAUGUCCUUACCUUGAGACUGUAUGCUCUUCAUGUGGAAUCAAAGGGCAUCUACAGCGCGUUUGCCGAUCAACCAGCUCAUCCCACAAUUCAAAUGCCCAUCGACAAGAUUCACACAAGAAGUCAAAUUCAACGCAACAAAAGAACACAAAAAAACACUCGCGCGUUUGCCGAUCAACCAGCUCAUCCCACAAUUCAAAUGCCCAUCGACAAGAUUCACACAAGAAGUCAAAUUCAACGCAACAAAAGAACACAAAAAAACACUCGGUAAAUCAAAUUCUACCACUCGUGGAUUUAAAGAAAUCCACUACCAUAACAAUCAAUGGACGACGCUGCAAAUUUGAAGUCGAUUCUGGGUCCAAUUACACAAUUAUGUCAUCAUCGACAUUCGAGCGCGUGUGGGCGGGCGCUAAUCCAAGAUUAUACAAAUGUGAACUACAGCUCGUUGACUUCCAAGGCAAUCGCAUUCCAAUAAAGGGCAUAGUGGAUGUGCAAAUUAACUACAACGGCAUAUUAGUGAAUGAUCUCCCGGUUGUCGUCGCUGAUGGUAAUCGAUCUAAUGUACUAGGGUGCAACUGGUUUGGACCGCUGGGAAUAAGCAUCCAGGGGGUCUAUCAAAUCAGUACCACAUCUUCGAUACAAAACGUUCUCACCAAAUUCAAUCAUCUUUUUUUCAAAGAGCUGGGAAAGUGUACUGGACCGCCCGUCUCUCUUCAAAUCGAUCCAUCUGUACAGCCGAUUCGCCUUCCGCCCCGUCGCAUACCAUUGUCAACUCGUGGCCUUGUAGAAGCUGAAAUAGAACGCCUAAUAUCUCAGGGUAUACUAGAACCAACUGAAUAUUCAGAAUGGGCAACGCCAAUUGUGCCCGUUCCCAAGAGUGACGGCUCGAUCAGAAUUUGUGGUGAUUAUAAAUCAACACUCAAUAAGGCACUUAAACCACACUGUUUUCAAAUUCCGGCUGUCAGCGUAUUACUCUCAUCAAUUGAAGGGGGCAGCGUGUUCGCAAAAUUGGAUCUAGCGCAAGCAUAUCAGCAACUAGUCGUGGAUGAGAAAUCUGCAAUUCUGCAAACUAUUGUAACACACAAAGGUGCUUUUCGCGUAAACCGGUUACAAUUCGGAAUUUCUUCCGCCCCAGGCAUUUUUCAAAAUUUUAUUGAAAACCUCCUGCGUAACAUUCCUGGAGUGCUACCAUACUUCGAUGAUAUCGUAGUUAUGGGGAAAUCUGAGCAAGAGUUAGCCCAUCGCCUGGAACAAGUUUUUCUUCGAUUUGACAACGCUGGCCUUCGCCUGCAUAAAGAUAAGUGUAAAUUCAAUGAGCCAACGAUAGAAUUUCUAGGAUUUAAGCUGGAUUCGUUUGGUAUCCGACCAGCUCCAGGGAAAUUGAAAGCUAUUCAAAACGCACCACCACCAAGCGAUAAAAAACAACUACAAGCGUUUCUAGGGCUUCUCAAUUUCUACCACUGUUUUUUGCCACACAAAGCAACAAUUGCUGAGCCCUUGCAUCGCCUGCUCGACAAAAAUUGCAAAUGGUUGUGGACGUCGCAUCAUCAAGAAGUUUUUGAGCAACUCAAACAACUUAUCGUGUCUGAUCGUGUUCUUGUCCACUACGACGAGAAGCUGCCUCUUGUGCUUGUGUGUGAUGCAUCGCCUUUUGGAGUUGGCGCAGUCUUGAGCCAUCGUAUGCAAGACGGUUCUGAAAGACCAGUGGCUUUUUACUCUCGCACAUUGAACAAAACUGAAAGGAAUUAUGCACAAAUUGACCGGGAAGCUGUAGCAAUUAUUGCUGGUGUCAAGAAAUUCAACGACUACUUAUACGGUAGGCGUUUUACGAUUGUCACCGAUCAUCGUCCCCUACUUGGUAUUUUUAAUUCAACAAAGCCUAUUCCCGCAGUCAUUUCUAAUCAAAUGCUUAGAAGGUGUAUCUUUCUCAACGCUUACGACUUUGAAAUCAUUCAUCGCUCUGGGAGCAGAAUGGGAAAUGCAGAUUUUCUUAGCCGUUUUCCUGUUGACACAUACGCCAAAAAAGAUGAGGAACCAUCUGAAGUGUUGAUGAUAGAAAUGACUACGCAUCCCGUGCUCGACGCUAAACAAGUCGCUUCGCUCACAGCAAAAGACUCCGAUACAUCUAUGGUGCUAAGCUGGGCGUUAAGGGGGUGGCCGAAUACUCUAACUCGUGAAAAUAAACUAUAUCCCUACUUCGUACGUCGCACUGAGAUAUCAACAUUAAAAGGAUGUUUAUUAUGGGGUAAUCGCGUCAUCGUACCUCCGGGUGGUCGACAAGUAAUCCUGGAUGCACUGCAUGCAAGCCACCCUGGAAUUGUGCGCAUGAAAGCCUUAGCGAGGAGCUACGUGUGGUGGCCCCAAAUAGACGCUGACAUCGAACGCGUAGUCAAGCUUUGUACACCAUGCCAAGUUACACGCCACAACAACUCGCAAGCUCCUGUACACGUGUGGGAGUCGACCAAAGUUCCAUGGUCACGACUACACAUUGACUUCGCAGGCCCUUUUCAGGGCCGACAAUUUUUCAUUGUAGUAGACUCUUACUCUAAAUGGCUAGAAGUUUUUAUCGUGAAAUCAACAUCGUCAGAAGCCGCUAUCAAGCCAUUACGUACCUUGUUUUCAACACACGGCCUACCUGAUUCUAUUGUUUCUGACAAUGGCACCGCCUUCACUUCGGAGUUAUUUAAGUCAUUUAUGAACGAUAAUCUGAUAAGACAUAUCCGCAGUGCUCCAUUCCAUCCGUCCUCAAACGGACAGGCUGAGCGUAUGGUACAAACAACUAAACAGUUUUUUAAAAAACUGUCUACGAAAUGCGAUAUAAAUUUAGAGCUUGUUCGAGUCUUGUUUAACCAACACAUCACACCACAUGCAUCAACCGGACAGUCGCCAGCAGAGCUAAUGUUUAACAGGAAGCUUAAACCAUAUUUUGAUAAAAUUCAUCCACAUGAAUUAACCGCACAAACCGAUAACCACACCUCGAAGGUCAACACGUUUUCCAAGGAUGAUCCUCAACAACUGAAUCACGAACUGGGCCCAUAUCGUAUACUGUUAGACUCGAAGAUGGAAGAACAAUCAAGCGACAUCUAG